UCCUAACGACCACUUCCAAAAUGGCGGCCCGCUGUCAACAAAUCUUGCGGCUCCGCGAAACUUGACUGUAUGUUAAUGAAGUAAAAUUUGCUUAAAAUUAAGUAUAUUUUAUCAAUUUAUCGGUAGGAUUUGAGAGAACGAAUAUUUGUGAUUCCUAAAUUAUGCUGCACUGACAAAAAUUGAGCCAAAAUGGAUGAGAGACACUGGUGGAUAGCCACGAAGAUCCAGGAGUCGUUCCACAUCGGCGGGUUUCACGACAACCCGACACUGCUGGAGGAUUUCCUCUGCGAGCCCAAAACCCUCGAACUCAUCAACCAGUUCCUGGGCACGGGAGGCCCCAACAAGCUCUUCUUCUACUCGGACAGGCCGCAGACGAGCACCCUCUUCCCGAGCGGCCUGCAGAGCACGAGGCAGCUCCACGUCGUGAGCUCCCUGGCGACUCUGAAAGAGGUGAACAUCGAGGACACGACGUGCCUGUAUUUUCUCCGCCAUCAUGUCAACCACGACGUGGACCCCGUGCAUAUGGAGAAGGACAUCUUCUGCGGGGAGCUGCGGCAUAGUGUGUUGGACAACCUCAACACCUUGCUGUCCGAUAUCUACCUGCCGCUGCUGCGAGCGCAGAAAGACUGGGGCGAGUGUAGCGAGGAGAAUGUGUCGCAGUGUUUGAAUAGUUUGGAGAAAUAUGCUGCGGCUCUCUCUGAAACAGUGAAUGUACCUGCAUCAGGGAGACAGCAGGUCUUGAGACGUCCAGAUAACAUGGUGAGUCAAGAGUUUAGCAAGCACCGGACCACGUCUUACGACCACAGCAUCAUAACAGAGUAUGAGGCCUUGGUGUCGGAAUGGAUCUCCACCAUCGAUAAUGCACUGGCCGAUGGCGGGGACGAAAGAUUCAUGGACCCUACCUCAGGUCCCAUGAGUGAGCUAGAGCGAUGGCGAAGACGUCAGCGGAUGCUGUCCAACAUCAUGGAGCAGCUGAAAGGCAAGGAGUGUAAGACAGUCAUCGGGGUGCUCAUCACAUCCAAAUCCAAAGUCCUCAAGAAAUGGAAGGCCAUCGACUCUAGUAUCACAGAUGCAGCUAACGAAACCAAGGACAAAGUCAAGUACUUGGAGGCUCUCCGUCGUCACUUUGAGCAUCUCUACCACAGCGCCUCGCCGGCCGACAUCAUCAACACGGCACUGCCUGGACUAGCCAAUAGCGUCAAGCAGAUGGACUCUAUAUCAAGAUUCUAUGCACGGACAGGAUAUCUGGGGCUGCUGUUCACUAAGAUAACCAACCAGCUCGUCAACGCCUGCAAGGAGUACAUCACAGCCGAGACUAUCGCCCCCUCCCAGGAGGACUUGCUCUGGCCCAAGUUCUACACGGAGAUUGAAGGCAGGGUCCAUUCCACUGAUCAGCAGGGGAGGUCCAGGGCCGGUCGGCGGAAAGGGAAGGACCAAAAGGGGGAACCGGAGAAUGACACGCUGUUGGGCCGGCUCAAGGCCUGCCUCAAGCUCCACAACGUGUAUCGUGACACAGUGCGCACACUGCGUGAUAAUCUCGGUGGGGCACACACCCUGAUGCAGUUCCCCUCCAUCAGUUCCCUGGGAGCCCCUACCUCCAGGGCGAGAGCCCACUCCAGAGGGGCCUUGACACUGAUGGGCAAGGCAUCAAAGACACCCUCGGUUGCUGGUGAUUCAGAGCACGGCCAUGGCGUGCCCUUCACCGACGAGGAGUCCAUCUUCGGCCACCUGGAGUCCUUCUGCGCCCGCAUCCGUCAAGUCAUCGAUGCCGUCUACACCCUGGUCCAGUACAGCAAGCUGGGACUGAGCACGGAAGGGCUGCCCCGACCGCGGAAAGAAGACCUGGUAGUGGAUGAUGAUGCCACUGAGGAGGGGGCGGAGAUUGCUGCACUAGGAGGGGGAGGUGCUAAUACAUCCGAGCACAGUAGUACCCCAACCCUGGAAACACCUAUCAAGCCGGUCAGCCCAACCAAGACCCCAUACCCCCACGCCCCGGGGAUCCUACCCAUUGUCGAGGAGGAAGAGAACCUCAAUGGGGAGGAGGAGGAAGGGGCCAAGGAAAAAGGCAAGGAGGAGAAUGCUGAGGAGCAGAUAGGGAGCGAGGUGCCGUCCAAUGCUGAUGAGGUCCACGAUCUGAUCCACGGGACCACGGGGAUCACUGCUCACAAUGCUGCACUGCUCAGAAAGCUCUACAACGCGGAUGACGCAGAUGAUGAAGGCCCUAGCAUCUCCUCCAUCGUCAAGGACCACAUCACCACUAUGAAGCAACUCCUCUCGGCUCACAUCAACACGGCCGUCAUGCUGGAUGUGGAGGGCAAGGAGAAAGAGCGAUUCGGGGAGACUUACGAGGAAUUCCUGAGCACCGUGCAGCAGAUUGAGAUGUACCUGUGCGCUUACCUGCAGGCGGUGUUCAUGCGUAGGAUGAAGACGCACGAGGCGUUGGAUGUCAUCACUAGGUUCACCCCUGUUGCAUACCGUCAGGGAAUGAAACGAUCCAUUGCUGAGAAAUAUGUGGACAUCUUCAACUGGUACGAAGCAGAUCUGGAAGAAGUCAAGAAUAUCUACGAGAAAUAUAAGGAGGAUCCACCGAUGAUCCGCAAUGCUCCCCCGGUAGCCGGCGCCAUCUCCUGGUCCCGCCAGCUCCUCCAGCGUAUCGAGGACCCCAUGAAGGUCUUCCGCGACAACCGCGCCGUCACCCACCUGCGCGACUUCUCCCGCAUAGUGCGGUUCUACAACCGUGUGGCCACGGCGGUGGUCACGUUCGAGAGCCUGUGGCUGGCCCAGUGGCGGGCCCACAUCGACAGUGCGAAGGCCGGGCUGAGGGCGACGUUGCUGAUCAACCAUCCGGAGACGGGACAGGUGGUCGUCAACGCAGACGAAGGAGUUCUACAGUUGAUCCACGAGUGUCGCUGGUUAAAACGGCUCGGAAUCGACAUACCGGACUCUGCACAGAUGGUUCUGAAACAGGAGCAGCGAUUCAAGAGUUACUUCAACCACCUGGAGCUCUGCCUGAAGGAGUUCAACGACAUCGUCGGGUCCAUCCGUGACCCGGUCCGCAGUCUGUUCAAGCCCCACAUCAACAACGUGACGGUCACCUUACAGCCUGGCCUGUCCACUCUGGCGUGGAACUCCAUGAACAUCGAUGCUUUCUUGCACCAAGUCCACACCGCGAAUGCCAAACUGAAGCACAAGGUGGACAGCGUCAAUUACGUUAUCGACACCAAGAUUGAUGCCAAGCUCAAGAUAAUCAGCGAGCUCUUCCUCUUUGACACGGAAUUUGCCUUCAGCAGGUCAUGGCCUCCGUCGGAGUUCACCCAAGCCAUGCUGGAAAGCGUCAGCGACCGUGGCACCCAGCUCCACGACCUGGCUGUCCAGAUCGAGGAAGCCGUCCACGACCUGAUCGGCAUCCUCCUGGGCCGGGCCGGUAGCCCCUCCUUCACCCCCCGGCAGAGCCUCAGCGCUAGCUCGCGACGUCACUCAGGCAAGCAGGCGAUGAACCUGACACCACGGACUGAGGCAUCCAGUGGUGACACUGGAGACGACAUAAUCAUCAGCGACAUAUUGUACCACUACUCGGAGUUAGUCUACCAGGCCGUAAUGUCCUCCAUCUGUCGUACCCUCAUCACCCUUGCUGAGGCGGCUGGCUGCGAAGGCAUCAUUGAAGCCAUCAGUCGCGAGCUGGCCUCCUCCCCACUACCCCCAGACGGCAGGCUAGACACCCUAGUGACCCCGGCUAAGAGUCAUAGCCGGCCAAGCACGGGUAUGUCCGGUAUGUCGGGCCGACUCAGCCGGGCCAGCACGGCGAUGAGCAGGGCUACAUCCUCGAUGUCAUUCCUGUCUGAUAUGUCCUGGACGUCGGAGAAGACGCAUGAGAUAACUUACCUCAGGUUUGAAGUAGCGGUCCAGUUCUCCAUCCCCAACAUCAUCAUCUCCCCGACCCUGGAUGCGGUCAAGACCUCCCUGGCCCGCAUCGCUGAGGUCGUCCUGAACACCGCCGAUAAGAUCUGCUGGUGGGCUGGAGGAGACAUUGGGGAACCUUUCCUGACCGAAGUGGUCCAGGAACCGGCCAUCGAGAGCACCAUGCGGAAACUGGACGGCGUCGUUGAAGAUCUCCAGCGCGUCAUCGACAAGCACCUCUUCCACUUUAAGUUCUACGACUUCCUCUGGAAGGACGACAUGUACGCGGCCUACUACGAGUUCAUCGACAACGACCCGGGCACCUUCGCCAUCAAGAAGGAAGUCGAGCGGCUCCUUCACAUCGAAGAAAAGAUCCAGGCAGUGCCGUCCAUCCUGCCCGUCGGAUCAGUUUGUCUGGAGACUAGUCCCAUCACCGAUGCUCUGUAUGGGUUUGCCGUGCAGUGGAAGACCCAGUACGCCCAGGUGCUGCACGAGGAGGCUAAGAGGCGUCUGGACCAAGCGGUCAUGUACCGCAACAACGUCCGGACCCGACUGACCGCCGAGGUGGUGACCCUGGACCAGCUGAACGGCACCUUGAACUGGCUGGAGGAGGUCCGUGACAUGGAGAACAAAGUGGACAAGAUCUACCUGCCCAUUGAGACCAUGUAUGCCGACCUCAGGAGUUACAAACUUCGACUUCCUCGCUCGGAGGUCGAAGAGGUGGAGCAACUGAGAGACAAAUGGCAAGAGGUCAUCGACCUGGCUGAGCAGUGCCGGGUCAAACUGCUGCGGGAGCGCAGAGGAGCGUUUGAGCAGGAGCUGGAUAAACAAGUCAAGCUCUUUGUCGUGGAAGUCAUUCAAUUCCGCAACAGUUUUGACUCCCAGGGCCCGGCCGUGCCCGGCGUCCAGCCCGCAGAGGCUGUGUCCAGACUCCACGAGUUCCAGGAGAUAUUCAAGCUGUAUGACUCCAAGCGCAGGACCCUGGACUCCGUCUCCAGACUAUUCGGCAUCAUCUGCAAGCCUUUCCCGGAACUGGACAAGACCGGAGAAGAACUAGACCUGCUUGGUCUUCUGUACGGCCUCUUCCAGAAGUUCAUCGCCUUUGACUCUCAGUUUCGGGACAAGCUCUGGGCGGACGUGGAUCUGGAGAAAGCUAACAGAGAGGUUGAGAAUUACUGGGAGGAAUGCCAGAAUCUCCCUGACAAGCUCAAGGACUGGGAUGCCUACAAUGAGAUGAAGAGCUCCAUCAAGUUCUAUCUGGACGUCUUCCCGAUACUGCACAAGCUGGCCUCAAAGGAGAUACGUAAUCGUCACUGGCUGCAAGUCAUGUCCGUGACGGGCAGCUCCUUCCAACUAGAAGCCAACGUCUUCAAGCUUCUUCACAUCUUGGACAUCGGACUCAUCGAGCAUCAGGUAGAGAUUGAAGACAUUUGCCGCUGUGCCAGCAAGGAGCAAGAACUUGAAGUCAAGCUGCGCAUCACGGAAGAAGAGUGGACAGAACAGGUUCUGUCCUUUGAGGAAUACAAGAAGCGAGGCCCCAUCUACCUUGAGAAGGAUAACUCGGAACAUCUCUUGGAGCAGCUGGAGAACGCCCAGGCUCUCCUGGCUAACAUGCUGACGUCUAGGUUCAUCGGACCACUCAGGGAGGAGGCAGCAGGAUGGGCAGAGAAACUCAAAGGGGUAGCAGAAGUCCUAGAGCAGUGGCUGGAAGUGCAAGAUGUCUGGCAGUACCUGGAGGCCGUGUUCAGCGUGGGACGCACGGCUAAGGACCUACCCCAGGAAGCCAAGAGGUUCAAUCGGAUUGACAAGAGCUGGACGAAGAUCAUGAAGAGAGCCUACGACACCAGGAAUGUCUUACAAUGCACCUACGGAGGGGAGGUUCCCAAGGGCGUCGUCCUGCGACACAUCUACGAGGAGCUCGAAAUCUGCUUCAAGUCCUUGAUGGGAUACCUGGACAAGAAGCGACAGGCCUUCCCGAGAUUCUACUUCCUCUCUGACCCAGUCCUGCUGGCCAUCUUGAGCCGGCCGUUUGAUCUGGAGUCGGUCAGACCCCAUCUCAGAUGCAUCUUCAACAGUGUCUUCGACAUCCGCCUGGAGCAACUCCCCUUCUCCGUCCCCCAGAGCGCCAACUCCUCCCCAGAGAAGUCCUACCACAGCACCCGGGAGCGCCACUCCCCGCUACGCACCGACUCCUCGGUCUACACCUCCCACCAGCAGUCGCGCAUGACCCUUGGGGAGAGCAUGGUCGGCGGGGUCACGGGAGGGGGUGGGAUCCAGUCAGAGUACCUGAUGCAGGCCGUGGCGGUCAUCUCGAAGGAGACGGAGGUUCUCCAGUUGGACGAAGAGGUAUCACUCAAAGACAGUGUUGAGAUCUGGCUGCACGCCUUGAAGGAAUCCAUCAGUAAGACAGUCUACUCCAACGUCUGUAAGAUGAUAGAGGACGUGGAGGCGGGUCUACCCAUCGAGGAGCUAGCUGGCAAGUUCCCAAUGCAAGUGGCCGGACUAGGCCUCCUGAUGUACUGGACCAAGGAGUGCGAGCUAGGCAUCAUGGAGAUCAGGAAUGAACGGAAGGCCAUCGCUAACUCCGCCAAGAAGUUCGGCACGACGAUGGGGCGGCUGGCUAUGGCACUGACCAGGGGGACCUGGAAGACGCUGGAUGAGCACAUGACGCCCCUGCAGAGGCUGAGACUGGAGAGUCUGAUUGCUCAAUCUUUAUACCUCCGCGACACCCUGGAGCAAAUGAGCAACAGGAAGCUGAGGGAGAUCGGAGACUUUGAGUGGAGGCGAUGCAUCAGAUUCUACCAUCACUUCCAUGCUGGCCGAGUUGUCCCUCAGAUAUACAUGCUUGACGAGCGUUUCACGUACGGCUCCGAGUUCUACGGAGGCCAAGCCUCAUUGGUACUCACUCCUGUGACUGAAAGAUGCUUCCUCACUAUGGCUUUGGCCAUGAAGCAAUUCAAGAACUGUGCUGUCACUGGUGGUACCGGAGUUGGCAAGACGGAGACAGCCAAAGGAUUUGCGUUCAUGCUUGGCCAGUACCUAGCUGUGUUUGGAUGCUCAGGGCAGAGUGACCCUGCAGCGCUGGGCAAGAUACUACAAGGCCUGGCUAUGGAUGGCUGUUGGGGAUGCUUCGAUGAGUUCCAACUACUCCAGUCAGACGCCAUCGCCAUGGUGCUGGAUCAUGUCCACGCCAUCAUGGCUGCCUUGCGAGCCAGGAGCAGGCAUUGCAUCCUGGGAGAUGGAGAAGAGGUGAUGUUGAAGAGCGGCAUAGCCCUCUUCAUCACCGUCAACAACCAGACCUCUCCGCCAGCGGGCAUCCCCGUGGACAUCAAACUCCUCUUCCGUACGGUGGCGCUAGUCAAGCCAGACUACUCCCUCAUUCUCAAGGCUCGCUGCGCGGCCUACGGCUUCCGAUCCCCCCGGAUGCUGGCCGACAGACUGAAGAUGGUGGCCCAACAGUGCAAAGAACAACUGACCCCAGAUGAGCACCCAGUGUUUAACAUCAAAAACAUGAUCAGCGUUCUAUUGCACGCCGUAGGAUCAUGGCGCGAUGUGGAAGGGUCCAAGGAGUAUCAUCAGCUCUUCAGCAUCGGUGGCUUAUCCUCGGCCGUCCAGCACGCCCACCUCGGCCGCAAACUGACCAAAGAGGAGCGGAUGGAGCUGUCCCGAGCAAGCUCACAAGGAUCCAUCGUCCAGCCAGGCAGUGCCAUGCCUUCUGUGGCCAUGUUGAAGACCGUUGAGAAGCAGCCACGCAAGCUGGGAGUGCCCAACCCCAUGACACCAGCCGCUAAGGCCGAGCAUGCCGUGGUCGCACAGGCCCUGCAGAACGUCAUCGGACCCAGACUCAAACCAGACGCUCUGUACAUCUUCAACAACGUGGUCAAGGACGUCUUCACGGCCAUGGGCAGCCCUCCUACCCCCCAGUCCAGCCGCGUCCGUCGCAACCAGCUCAACGUGGAGCACAUGGUGGUUGACAAGGCCCAUGAGAACGGGAUCAUGCCUCACACCAACUGGGUCAACAAGGUCAUGCAGCUGUACGCUGUCUCCCAAGUCAAUCACGGUAUUAUCAUAGCCGGCGGUCCCGGCACAGGCAAGUCCAGCGCCAUCGCCACCCUGGUGGAGGCCCUGUCGGCCAUCGCGCCGGCCCAGUCCCGCCAGUCUCGUAGCUCUGUCUCCAGCAUCACGGCCAUCAGUCACAAGCUGCAGCGCAUCAACCCGCUGGUAGUCGACGACCUGGCGCUCAUGUUUGGCCACCUGAACCAGAACCAUGACUGGGUGGAUGGGGUGUUCACUAACAUCUGGCGUAAAGCCAACAGGAACGUCAGCACUACCUGGCUGUGCCUGGAUGGUCCCCUGACCCCCAGCUGGGCAGACAACUUCAACAGUGUCCUGGACAACGACAAGGUCCUUCACUUACAUAACGGGGACCGGCUCUUCCUGAGCGAUAACGUCAAGCUGGUGUUUGAGACCAGCGACCUGACUAUUGCCUCGCCGGCAACUGUCACAAGAGCUGGCAUUGUCUUCAUGGAUAAGGACGUUCUAGGCUGGCGGCCGAUCGCUCAGGCUUGGAUGGAGAAUCGAAACCAGCAAGAAGUUCACUGUUUACAGAAAGCCUUCAAUAAGACCAUGGAUGCUGUCGUGAAUUUUGUUCUCUUCGAAACAAGGCCCCUGGUUCAAGUCUGUGAGGUCGGCCUCUUCAAGAUGUGCCUGGGCUUACUGACGGCGAUGCUCAAUGAGCAUGUUGAGAUCGGCGGGGAGCUGCACAUUGAGCGUCUGUUCCUCUUCUGUCUCAUCUGGUCGUUUGGAGGGCUCCUGGAAGGCACGGAUCGCAAGAACUUCAGCGACCUGCUCCGGACGCUGACGUCUGCACUUCCUGAUUACGACCACGACAUCUCCGUCUUUGACUACUACGUCGACGAGUCGGGUGAAUGGGACCCCUGGCUGUCCCGUGUUCCCGAGGUCACCUAUACGUCCGACACUCACGACCUCCUGGGCGAAAUCUUCGUUGAAACAGUCGACACGAUUCGAUGUCGGGUGCUUCUGGAGUUUGCUAAUCUCUCCAAUAUGCAUGUGCUUCUGGUUGGGCCGCCGGGCUCGGGGAAAACAGCCAUGAUCAAUGAUUUCAUCAAUACGCUCGAUCCCUCCUACCAAGUCACCAAGCGUCUUGUGUUCUCUGGAGCAUCCACUGCCUCCCAGCUGCAGCAGUUCAUUGAGACCAACAUCCACCAUCGCAGAGGUUUCGUCUACGGAGCGCGCGACAACAAGCGCCUCCAGCUCUUCAUCGAUGAUCUCAACCUCCCGCCGAUGGACGAGCACGGCGUGCAGCGCUGCAACGAGCUCCUGCGUCAACUCCUAGACGACCGCGUCCUGGUCACUCUCCAGAAGCCUUUCGAAUGGCGGACCAUUCAGGAUCUCGUGGUUCUGUCGGGACACACACGGAACGUCUACCCCAGUGUCGGGAACAAGAAAAUGCCAGAGAGGCUCUUGCGCCACUUUGCAGUAGUCAGCUUGCCUGAGCCUAAAGACUCGGCCCUGACCGGCAUAGUGGAUGCCAUCCUAGAUGGCAACAUGCACAAGAACAACGGCCAGAGCCUGGCCCAAGAACUCCAUGAGGCCAUAGUGACUGCCUCGUGCCAGCUGCUGACCAGGGUCCAAGCCGUGCUCAGACCGUCACUGGUGCCCGGACGACACCAUUAUAUGUUCACGCUCCGAGAUCUCACCAAAGCGUUCCAGUGCCUUGUGCGCCUGUCCGAAGAGGCUCGCGGCGAGAUCAGCAUGGUCACGUCACUGUGGCAACACGAGGUGCGCCGCAUCAUGCAAGACCGUCUCUGCCGCACGGCCGACAUCAACUGGUUCCAGCAGACGUUGGCGGAAAUCGUCAAAACGCAUUUUCCUGAGAUCCCCGAUGGUGACGUUCUCUAUGAAGACUUUGUGACGUUCCCCAUCGAGCCCAGAACUUACGUCCGACCCGUCACCUCCCUCUCACAGAAGUCCGUCAGGGUCGUCCUGCAACCCGUCGAGCAGCUGGACAAGGUCCACCAGUGCGUCCACUCCCACCUGACCCGCUAUAACGAGGAGUUUGGCAAUGUGACCAUCAACAUCAUGCUGUCCGAUGAUAUCAUCCAUCAUGUGAUCAGGAUUCAUCGCGUACUCAGCUUCCAUCAUGGCGGUAACCUGUUGAUGGUGGGCGCCAUCGGCAGUCACCUGACCACGCUGGUCAACCUGGCCCUCCACGUUGCCGACAUGCCCAUCCACCCCAUCGACACGUCCAGGAGCAAUAACUUCUUUGACGGACUGCGCUCGGCCGUCCGGCUGGCCGGCACCGAGGGAAAGAUGCUGACCCUCAUGUUCACUGCCCGAGACCUAAAGGAAGAAGUGUACCUAGACGCUAUCAACAGUUUGCUUGUUUGUGGCGAGUACCCUCCCCUCUUCUCCAAUGAUGAACUGGACGGACUUCUUCAGGCUCUUGGGCCGGCCAUGAAGCGGCACUUCCCCAACACCCUGAUUGACCCCAUGAAGUUCUUUGUCUCUCGGGUCAAGACCAACCUCCACAUUAUCAUCUGCGUGCCUCCGACAGAAAGACUGCUUCGUAUCGCCCCCAGUGAAUACCCAGGCCUUGUGACCGGCAUGCAGAUGAACUGGAUGUGCGAUUGGUCCCAGAGUGCACUGCUCGGCGAAGCCACCUACUUCAUACACAAGCACACUUUAGCCAAAGACAGCACGCCUGAAACAAGGGAGAAACUGGUAUCCUGCCUGUCCAACAUCCACAGCUUCAUACUGCACGACUGUAAUCAGAUCCCCUGGGCGGGGGAAACCAGUGACACCGUCCAGAUCACCACGCUCAAGAUCCACGGCAAGAAGGAGGCCAUCAAGGUGCAGACGCUGGACGUGCCCAACCUGCCGUACACUAAACUCAUCAUGAAGGAACGCAUCAAGUUGAAUCACCGAGACCCCAACAUGCCGGGCAAGCAUGAGAUCUUCAUGGGUCCCCGUACCUUCCGUCGAUUCCUGGACUGCUUCCGGUACAUCUACAGCACCAAGGGCAAAGAGAACACCGCCAAAGUGGGACAGCUCAGGAAAGCCCUGUCCUGCCUGGCCCGCACCCAGCAGGACACCCUGGCCAAGAAGCGCGACAUCAAGCAGCUGCAGGUGGAGUACGAGCAGGCCAGCGAGAAGGUGGCCUCCCUGCUCUCAAGCCUGACGCUGCGGGCAACCGUCCUGGAGAAGACCAAGGCGCAGUUUGAUGAGGCCGGCAACAGCCUGAGCGCUUUCUUGCAGAUGCACGAGGUUGAGAGCGACGAGGAGAUAGAGGACGAACUGCUUGCCGCUGAGGAGAGAGAUGAGUACGACAAGGAAUUUGAGCGGAUGCGACAGGAGAAUCUACAGUCUCGUAAGAUGGCGAUUGAUGAGGAGCUGGAGUUGGCCAUCAAGAAGGUUGUAGAUUGCCGGCAGGUCUUACAGAAGGCCAGAGACCAGGUGAUUCACUGGCGGGAGAAAGUUGACCGCUCCUGCAUCGAGCGUCUCAAGUCCUUCCAGAACCCUCCGCAGAUCGUCCUCCAAGUCAUGGAGAUGGUCAUGGCGUUGCUCGGCAAGAACAAGCCCCUCAGGCAGCACCCGGACCGAUCAGAGAAAGUGCCCAACGAAGACGCCUCGGUCCUUUCCGGGAGACAUUCGAGCAUGUCGUCGCCCAGUCCCAAGAGCCCAACCAAGCCCCACCGCACGCCAAGGAAGACCCGACCAGCACCAUCAAAGUAUUUGAGCUACUCCUCAGGAGAGAGCGUUGUCACCAAAUCCAAGUCCAAGGACCAGCUGACGGACAAACAGAAGUGGAAGCAGAUGCAGAACAUCCUGAACGACUCGGUGAGGUUCGUGGAGACCCUCCAGGGAGUGGACUGGGAGAACGGACUUGAUCCCAACAUCCGGCUGAACGUGGAGCACUACCUGCCCAAGCCCAAGGGAGACGGGGAAGGGGUGACUGGAGAGGGCUCAUUGCUUGAAGUCCCUGGUGGAGCCAAGCUCCCCGCCUCCUCCCGUCGUAGUCCCGCUUCUCUCGAGUCUGGCGGCAUCACCAUCGCGGCCGUCCGCUACAGCUCGGAGGAUGCAGGCAACCUGGUGGCUUACAUCUGCUCCUUAGUGGAGUACUCGCAUCAGUGCGGACCGCUCCGAGGUGCCCUGGACAAACAGUCGGAGCUCGAGAAGGAAAAGACGGAGAACGAACGUCUGCAGAAGGAACAGGAUGAGAGGGCCGGAACUGCGGAGGCCCGUGAGGCGCUGGCCCGUGAGGAGCAUGAAGAGCCAGAGGAGGAACCAGUCUACACAGAGGCUGACAUCCCGGCACUGCAGGAAGCCGUGACAGAGCUACAGAAGGAGUUUGAUGCGGCCGUGGUGGUCAAACACGCACUGGAGAGCGAGCUGCAGGCUAGUAAUGAGAGACUCAAGGCAGCUACCAACAUGAUCAGAAGCUUGCAGCAGGAGCUGAAGCGCUGGCAGGCCUACGUGGAUGACAACGCCGUCAACGAGUGGCUGCUCAGCACCUGCGUCUCCGCUGCGGCGUUCCUGACCUACUGCGGUGGAAUGGACCCGGACCCCCGCCGACGCCUGGCCGACUACUUCAACGUGAUGUGCGAGCACCACGGACUACCCGUGCCCAAGAAGAAACUCUUCAAGGCUAUUCCACUCAUCAAGUUCUUGUACUCCCAGGUUGACAUCGAGUCCCUACGCAUCCUGAACCUCCCCUCCACCCCAAACUCUCUCAACAACGCCUGCUUCAUCAUGCAAGAGCUCAGCAGCUCAGCCUGGACUCUGCUCUGUGAUCCGACGAGUCGCAUCAUCGACUGGCUGAAAUGUUACCUGAGCGGCCGCGUCUUGCUGGUCAAGUAUCACGAGUUGCGCUCUCAGCUGGAGACCUGUCUCACGGAAGGCACCCCGCUGGUCAUCAUGGACUGCGACGCUCACGCCUUGGCCCAGGACCAACGCUUCACUCGCUUACUGCGCGGCCGGCUGGCGUUCAUGAACGCCAAGGCUCCCUUUAAGAUGAUGGUCGCGGACCACGAGGUUGAGUGCCAUCCCAACUUCCGUGUCUACCUGCACACCACGGAGAUCCCCCAGCGCAUCCCUCACAGCCUGGCUGCCUACACCAGCAUCAUGAACUUCUACCAGACCAGGGAGGAUUGUGAGGAGGAGCUGCUGGACCGGUUCAUGGCGCUGGAGAAGGCCAGGCUGGAUGAGGACGGAAUACUGGCUAAUAAGGAGAAAAUUUUCAACCUGAAGAAACUGAACGAGUUGGAGCAGCAGAUGCUUGACUGCUUAGCGUCGGACACCAGACUGCUUAACGACCUGGCUACCACCAAGAAACUGGCUCAGCUCAAGAAACACUACGAUGAAACCCUAGAAAGUCAAGAACGCAUACAGAUGUCAGAGAAGGCAAUCCACAAUGCGCGCGAGGGUUAUCGGUCGAUUGCCAAGCGUGGCGCCGUCUGCUUCGACGUCGCCCGCUCCAUCGUUGAGAUCAAUCCUAUGUAUCAGACGUCAUGGCAACAGUUUCUGGACGUGUACGACGCCUCGAUCAAACACUCCGAAAGAACGGCUGCAGUAAAAGCUGUGGUGGAGCGUCUGACCUACAACGCCUUCCAGUCGACAGCCAGGUCCCUGCUGGAGAGAGACAGGAUGAUAUACGCCCUUCUGCUAGCCAUGGAGGUCGAGGACUCCCUCGGUAACGUGGGUCCCGGUGAGCGCGAGUUUGUCAUCUCCCCUCAGCUGGGCUCCUCCAUCAUGACUGCUCUUGGCCACACGGUGGCGCCAGACCACCGCAUCGCUCAGGCCAAGAAACCUUUUGAUUGGAUGCUGGACGAACAGUUCCACAAUUUGCAGUCCCUUGCGAUCCACUACGAGUGGUUCCAGGAGAUGUUUGACCGCAUGCCCAAGGACGGCCGUGAGACCCAAUGGCGGACCCUCGGAGAACACGACACGCCGGAAACCGCGGUCUUACCAGAGAAGAUGGACGAAGUGUACAACCCCAUGCAGAGGCUGAUGGUCUUGAGGGCGUUCCGGCCCGAUCGCAUCAUGCAGGCGGGGACGGUUUUCGUCAACGCCGUGCUCGGGAAAAAAAUCAGAGGAUCUUCAUCAAGGUACAUCGGAGAGGUUGCGUUGGAUUUUCCGGGCGUGGUCAAGCAGAGCACCCCACUCACCCCCAUCCUGCUCCUCUACACCAAAGAGGGGGACCUUGCCCAGAAGAUGUUCCAUGAGUAUGCUGCUAAGAGGCAGUGCAAGACGGUGGUGGUAGCGCUGAGCAACUCUGAGCAGAAUGAGGAGAGGUCUAUGAGGAGGUCUAUACAGACGGCCAUGCAGGAGAGUCACUGGGUGCUGCUGCAGAAUGCCCACAAUUCACCCCACAUCCUGAACACCUUGGAGACCGUCCUCAAGGAGUGCAGUCACAAGCACCAGAUCAGCGAGUCCAACUUCCGUCUGUGGAUCUCGGCCAAGAUGGCCCCCAGCAUCCCCGUCCGUCUGCUGCAGUAUGCCGUCAAGGUUGUCGUCGAUUCGCCAAGGAUCAUGAAGGACAGCCUCCAGCGCACCAUGGCCCUGAUCGACACGGACACCCUCAAGCUGAGCUCACGCAGCGAGUGGCCUCCCUUACUCCAUAACCUGGCCAUGCUGCACGCAACCAUCCGACUACGAGGGCGCUUCAGCCGCGCAGGGUGGAACCUGCCGGGCGCCAUGGACUUCGGCUUCAACGAGAUCAGCGAGGCCAUCCAAGUCGCCGCCAACCCUUUCAAGGACUACACCACCAUAGAGGGUGAGAGCCUGAAGGGAAUCUCCUGGAUCGGCCUGCGCUACAUCAUCACCGAGCUGAUCUACGGCAGUCACGUGACCGACGAGUACGAUCAGACCAACCUGUCGGCCAUGGUGGACUACUGGGUGGGGCCCAACGCCGUCAAGAGGGAGUACGAGGCAACAAAACUACGCUACAAGAUCCCGGCGGCGUUCUUCAGCAACAACGUUCGUCUGACGGCCAUCAUGCAAUCGCUGGAGUCCAUCACUAACCACAGCCUUGACGUGCCUGAGGCGUGUAACAUCCACACAUCCAUGGAGGACGAUGGACGAUUGAUGACCACGGUUGGUGACGAUCAGUACAUCUACACUCGUCUGAAUGCCAUACUAGACUCUAUGCCAUCCUCCAACACACUCUGCCACGUGCUGCAGCCACGCCCUGCCACGCCCUUCAAAGGUCCGUCAGUUGCCAGUGUGAACGGUAGUGCCAUGUACCCCAACAUUGCAGCCAUGGGCGUGUACGCCAGCGCCAGCGUCUCGGCCGUGCAGAACAGGAAGGAGCUGGAAUUGUGGGAAAUCUGCCACACGAUGUUAAACAAGGUCCCCAGGGGCUGGAACAGGGAUUACGUUACCGAGCGUGUUCGCAAGACAGGCGGGGACACACCCUUCAAUCGCUUCAUCCUGCGAGAGAUUGACCUCAUGCUCAAGCUGCUGACGGACAUCAAAACAUCUCUACAGAAACUGAAAGCCCUAACGGAGAAGCCAACGGAAGUCUUCGGUGACCAGAUGUCAGAGAUGCUCAUCUCAAUCGCGGACGACCUUUACCAUCAUCGCAUCCCGGCCCACUGGUGUGACCUGGCCGGCGACUCCAUGCCGCCCAUCAACUGGCCCCUGGGACAGUUCCUGAACGACCUGUCCCAGCGCUGUCAACACCUGGAACGGAUUAUCAUACAGGGUCGUGAUAAGUUCCCAGCCUACUGGUUAGGAGCCUUCUUCCAUCCCAAGAGCCUUCUUGCCUUGCUGCGCCAAGAUGCGAUCCGUUCCUACGGCAGCAGCACCACCCAGGUGGAACCGUUUGUCUUCCAGACGGAGAUCACAGCCAGAGAUAAAGAUCACGUGCGAGACCCUCCCCAAGAGGGCAUGUUCGUCUAUGGCAUCUACAUCUGGGGCUGCACCUGGGAGAAGACGACAGGCGAGCUACAAGACACACCCCCACGCCACGGCCCCACCCCUCUACCCAUCGUCCACGUCCUCUGCAUGCCGCAGAGCGAGAAGCCCGCCCUCAACGACCCGCAGAAAGCCGCGGAGACCUUCAACUGCCCCGUCUACCCAACGCGGGUCAGCUCACGGGAGCCUGUGUUUACGAUGGACGUCAGGCACGACAACGUGUCGGCCACUAAGUGGGCUUUGAGGGGUAUGGCGGCCACAAUACGGCCCUACUAGAGUGGUCACUUACAUUCCUUGACCGAUCAGUACCGAUGCAUUAAACCGCCCUCCCAUAUUCUACCACCUUAGCCCCGCCCCUCAGCCACUGAGUGGGCAUUGAGAAGGAUGGUGGCCAUAUUAGAGUGGUCACUUGCAUUCCUUGACCGAUCAGUACCGAUGCAUUAAACCCCCUCCCAUAUUCUACCACUUAAGCCCCGCCCCUCAUCCACUGAGUGGGCAUUGAGGAGGAUGGCUACCACUAUGGCCGUAUUAGAGUGGUCAGUUGUAACCUUGACCACUACAGAUUCCCUUCAAGAACCCCCUUCUGUUCGGCCUCUUAUGCUCCGCCCCUUCUGAAGUAUACAUCAAGCCAGUUAAAGUUCAAAUUUGCAUAUUGUCCAGUAUAUUGAGUUGUUUUAUUAUAAGACAUGUUCUGAGAACUUGGAUAUUAAGAAGUGCCUCCGUCCAAUAAAUUUCUUUUUUUCUACAUUUGCAAAUUUUUUGCAAAAACUUUCAAUAAUUUGUAAAAUAUAUUUUAUUGUAAAAUGAGUGAUAAACGUUUCUUGAUAAAUGUGUUUAUUAAAGUAUGGUUUGGGGAAUGCAUAAUAUUGUUGAAUAUUCUGGUGUUUUAUGAUUUUUCUGUACUUGUUGAAUGAAAUAUUUUUUCACUAAUUAAUAACAAACAAUUUAAUAAUUUUUACUUGAGCAUUCCGUUGAAUCCUUGGAAAUGAAAUUAUUGAAUAACAAAAAAUUGUUGUAAAUAUUGUAGAUAUAAAAGAUUUGUUCCUUUCCGUCCACUUCAAUCUAUUUGGAAUUCUAUUUAUUUUAUGAGGACAAACAUUCAGUUGUUUAUUAAUCACUGUUCAUAAAAUCUACUUCUGGAAAAUCUCGAUCAAGCACGAUGAUGGUGCACAUUUUCAAUUACCUUUAAACAAAAAUAACCUGAUUUAUUGAAUUAUUGAAUAUUUGAACAGUUGUCAACAAACUGUGGAACUUGCUAUUCCGUCUAAAUGAUGAGAAUUUUUUUACAUGAUAUAAUAUGUUAUUGUUUGGUUUGUUGUUCAAAUUGAAAUUUUGUUGAACUUAAUAAAACAAAAAUGUUUGUACAGUUU